AUGAUUGCACUCACUCAGUCUCUCAAGUGUAGUCCAUGGGCAGCCUUGCCAGUGAGGUUCUGGAUGAGGCCCACUGUUUCUGGGCCAUGUGUCCUCAUCCUUGCUUCUAGGGAGUUGGAGCAGCGCAUUGCCAAAGGCAUCCCACUCCACAUAAAGUCCAGAACAUCAGAUACGGGAAGACCCCCUCUGUAGAGGGUAGGCAGUCAUGUAUUCAAUUUCUCUCUAUCUCAAACAUACACACACACACAGAGCAGUACCACAAAAUGCAUUGAGCAGCUGCUGGUUCAUAUAUGGACCAUUAUGUCAAAGUUGAUUGAGAGUGCUGUUCUUUCUGUUCUAUCAGUGGAAAGGUUUCCAACCCUUAGUGUGGUUAAUGUAUCAGAGUGGACUGAAGGCUGAAAGACCCCUAAAGUUAAGUUGCUCAACAAGAUGAGAAUUUUGCCACAGAUGCCUCUCUAACUCUUCCCUCCAGCCAGUCACAAGCCCACCAGAGGGAGCACAACACAAGGUUGGAGAGGUGAGAGAGAACAGAACAGGGUUCUAGCGUAAUACAAUUCAAUAUAGUAAGUAUAUUGCCAUUGGCCAUCCAGUAUACUGCAACAGAAAGCACCAAAAAAUUACUUUGAGUCAUACAUUUUAGUUGAAGAUGUUUAAAAGUUAGAACAAUAGAUUUGCAUAGGGGUCUACAUUGCAGCAACUCCAACACUCUCAUUCUUUGCAGUGUAGAUCUUCACUUUCCAGGGUUCAACUCUGUCGACCAUAGUCCUAGUGACAAGCAACACAAGGGAGUAAAGGUUGGUCACAGUUACACUUGCAGAUAGUAAGCCUAAAGUCAGACGCAAGGCUGUUGUGGAUGUUAUUGCAGCUCAGCACAGCCCAGAUCAAUCAGUUGGUCAGCUGCUGCAGUGCAUCAUGGGGCUCUGGCUCCCUAGUGUUGUGGAUACCCAAUCCCCAACACAUCCCUCAGUGCCACACCCAAAACAGGUCAUAUGAUGUAUUGUAUUUGAUGUAGAUUGUAUCUUUAACUUUCAUCAUAUCAGUCACUUUAUGUUGUACUUUUGAUGUUAUAGCCCUUAGAAGUUUGCAUUGUUUGCAUACCACAACUUUUUUAGACAUUAAACUUGGCAGAUAUGCAGAUUUUGGUGUCAAAUGGCCUUUUUUGAACACAGGCAUCUCCCCAUGUAGCUGUGAAAGAGCUAAUUUGCCUUCUGUCCUCAAAAACCUCCAAAAUGGUGAGUACCAUAUUUUCACUGCUUUCGUAAAUUGAAUGUGGCAGGCUAUUUAUCUUUGUAUUACAUUAGUGAAAAUGAAAACGCCUAUAUCGUUUACCAGUUACAUUUACUCAUCUAUAUUGAAUGUUAUAGAACAGAAAGAAGUCCAAUAAUGUGUGGAAGAGGGUGCAGUUCCAGUAGACACCAUUGAUGUCACAGCUGAGAAGUGAGCAUGGGUUGGGCUCCCUAGUGGCACAGCAAGCUGUCCAUCCAAAAGACCUUGUCCUGGCCAAGCCUGACACUGACCCUAAGAGGGAGGAGGAGGAUGCUGGAAGCCCCCAGGCCCAGAACCAGGAGAUUCUGUCAUUGGAGGCUAGCCCAGAGUCCCAGACCAAGGCUCAAAAACACCCACUCCCCCCUCAGCACCCAGGGUCCCCAGUGCUUUCCUCCUCAGGAACAAGCCUCUGGUGUUCCACAGUGUCAUGGGAGAGGAUGCUGAGGCGACACCCAGCAGGAUCGCUCAACAUACAGAUUGGACAGCAAGGUCACUCAUACUGUCAUACUACUGCCCCAUGGCAUUAUUUUGUAACUCUUAAGUAUGGCUGACCUAUGAUCUGACUGGUCAUUAAAAGGGGUGUCUCCAGUGCUCUUUGAGUGAAAUGGAAUGCAUAGAGUACAUGUAACUAACAGGCGUGAAACCUGCUGCCUCUCAGUCAUUAUUCGUCAGGCUUGCUGAGUGGUUGAGAGAGGGGAAAAACCCUGCUUUGGCUCCACAUGUCUAGCAAUGAGGGAGAGUCACGGGAGAGUGAGACUGGGCAUUGGUUCUGGAGAUGCAGGCCCUGAUAGCUCUUAUUACAGUGAGCUUUUCUGCCUAGUUUUAUAACUCAGUGUUUAUUUUCUGUUUUCAACAUCUCAUGUAGAGAGUGGUCAGUGGUCACGUACUUCCUUGAUUAUCCGUGCUUUAGUCCAGGAAGAAUGUAAGAAAUUCCUCCUCAGCUGUUCAUAAACAAACUUAACUGAAUGAUUUCCAAAUAUACUGUCUGGGAUGUAUGCUACUUGUUGUAGACAACACUUGUCCAUCAUAAUGUCCUGUUGGUGUGUGUAAUGAGGAGAGGAACUGCUAUUUCAUAGGAUUUAGUUUAGUCAAUGAAAAUAAACUAAUAUUGUAGCGUUGCACUUGAAUAAGGCAAAUCUGGCAACCCAUGUUGUUUUGUUUGAGAAUAAUAUACGUUUUUUUUUCUUCUUCUCUCUUCAUGGCUCUUACUCUAGACUGGAGGGGAUGGCAUUGACUGGGAUAGUUUGAGAAGACAGACCUACAGUGCAUUCAGAAAGUAUUCAGAUCCCUUUACUUUUUCCACAUUUUGUUAUGUUACAGCCUUAAAAAAUUUAAAAAUCCUCAGCAAUCUACACAGAAUACCCUAUAAUGACAAAGUGAAACCAGGUUUUUGACAUUUUUGCAAAUGUAUUAAAAAUUAAAAACAACAUAAAUACCUUAUUUACAUAAGUAUUCAGACCCUUUGCUAUGAGAUUCGAAAUUGAGCUCAGGUGCAUCCUGCUUCCAUUGAUCAUCCUUGAGAUGUUUCUACAACUUCAUUGGCGUCCACCUGGGGUAAAUUCAAUUGAUUGAACAUGAUUUGGAAAGGCACAGAACUGUUUAUAUAAGGUCCCACAGUUGACAGUGCAUGUCAGAGCAAAAAUCAAGCCAUGAGGUUGAAGGAAUUGUCCGUAGAGCUCCGAGACAGGAUUGUGUCGAGGCACAGAUCUGGGGAAGGGUACCAAAACAUUUCUGCAGCAUUGAAGGUCCCCAAGAACAGUCGCGUCCAUCAUUCUUAAAUGGAAGAAGUUUGGAACCACCAAGACUCUUCCUAGAGCUGGCCUCCCGGCCAAACUGAGCAAUCGGUGGAGAAGGGCCUUAGUCAGGGAGGUGACCAAGAACCCGAUGGUCACUCUGACAGAGCUUUAGAGUUCCUCUGUGGAGAUGGGAGAACCUUCCAGAAGGACAACCAUCUCUGCAGCACUUCACCAAUCAGGCCUUUUAUAGUAGAGUGGCCAGACGGAAGCCACUCCUCAGUAAAAGGCACAUGACAGCCCGCUUGAGUUUGCCAAAAGGCACCUAAAGACUCUUAGACCAUGAGAAACAUGAACUCUUUGGCCUGAAUGCCAAGUGUCACGUCUGGAGGAAACCUGGCACCAUCCCUACAGUGAAGCAUGGUUGUGGCAGCAUCAUGCUGUGGGGAUGUUUUUCAGCGCAGGGACUGGGAGACUAGUCAGGAUCGAGGGAAAGAUGAAUGGAGCAAAGUACAGAGAGAUCCUUGAUGAAAACCUACUCCAGAGCACUCAGGACCUGACUGGGGCUAAGGUUCACCUUCCAACAGGACAACGACCCUAAGCACACAGCCAAGACAACGCAGGAGUGGCUUCAGGACAAGUCUCUGAAUGUCCUUGAGUGGCCCAGCCAGAGCCUGGACUUGAACCUGAUAGAACAUCUCUGGAGAGACCUGAAAAUAGCUAACCUGACAUAGCUUGAGAGGAUCUGCAGAGAAGAAUGGGAGAAACUCCCCAAAUACAGAUGUGCGACGCUUGUAGCGUCAUACCCAAGGAGAGUCAAUGCUGUAAUCGCUGCCAAAGGUGCUUUAACAAAGUACUGAGUAAAGGGUCUGAAUACUUAUGUAAAUGUGAUAUUUUAGUUUUGUAUUUGUUAUAAAUUAGCAAAUAUUUAUAAAAACCUGUUUUUGCUUUGUCAUUAUGGAGUAUUGUGUGUAGAUUGAUGAGGGGGAAAAAAACAAUUUAAUCAAUUUUAGAAUAAGGCUGUAACGUAACAAAAUGUGAAAAAAGUCAAGGGGUCUGAAUACUUUCCGAAUGCACUGUAUCUGUGGAGAAAGCACAACCUUCCACCCAACUGUGACAGAGAGAAGCCAUCGCCCCCAGAGGACAUAACUGUUAGCCGGCCAGCCCAGCAGUGGGAUGGCUUUAGCUUCUACCCCAUCCCUAAGGCCAUGCUCCAUCACCACCCCAGGAGCCCUCUGUCCAUAGGUAACACUGGAUCUCUAGGCUACAUAUGCAUGCAGGCCAGGAGGCUUUGCCAUGCUGUCACAGAGAGGCUUACAGACUUGUAGAUCUGACAAUGAAUGGAUUAAGUUGAUUAAAGAACAUCUCAUUUGUAACAAACGUGUGCAUAUAUACAGUUGAAAUCAGAAGUUUACAUAAACUUAGGUUGGAGUCAUUUAAAACUUGUUUUUCAACCACUCCACACAUUUCUUGUUAACAAACUAUAGUUUUGGCAAGUCGGUUAGGACAUCUACUUUGUGCAUGACGCAAGUAAUUUUUCCAACAAUUGUUUACAGACAGAUUAUUUCACUUAACUGUAUCACAAUUCCAGUGGGUCAGAAGUUUACAUACACUAAGUUGACUGUGCCUUUUAAACAGCAAAUUCCAGAAAAUGAUGUCAUGGCUUUAGAGGCUUCUGAUAGGCUAAUUGACAUAAUUUGAGUCAAUUGGAGGUGUACCUGUGGAUGUAUUUCAAGGCCUACCUUCAAACUCAGUGCCUCUUUGCUUGACAUCAUGGGAAAAUCAAAAGAAGUCAGCUAAGACCUUAGGAAAAAAAUUGUAGACCUCCAAUUGGGAGCAAUUUCCAAACGCCUGAAGGUACCACGUUCAUCUGUACAAACAAUAGUUCGCAAGUAUAAACACCAUGGGACCACGCAGCCGUCAUACCACUCAGGAAGGAGACACGUUCUGUCUCCUAGAGAUGAAUGUACUUUGGUGCGAAAAGUGCAAAUCAAUUCCAGAACAACAGCAAAGGACCUUGUGAAGAUGCUGGAGGAAACAGGUACAAAAGUAUCUAUAUCCACAGUAAAACUAGUCCUAUAUCGACAUAACCUGAAAGGCCGCUCAGCAAGGAAGUAGCCACUGCUCCAAAACCGCCAUAAAAAAGCCAGACUACAGUUUGCAACAGCACAUGGGGACAAAGAUCGUACUUUUUUGAGAAAUGUCCUCUGGUCUGAUGAAACAAAAAUAGAACUGUUUGGCCAUAAUGACCAUCGUUAUGUUUGGAGGAAAAAGGGGGUGCUUGCUAGCCGAAGAACACCAUCCCAACCGUGAAGCACGGGGUGGCAGCAUCAUGCUGUGGGGGUGCUUUGCUGCAGGAGGGACUGGUGCACUUCACAAAAUAGAUGGCAUCAUGAGGAAGGAAAAUCAUGUGGAUAUAUUGAAGCAACAUCUCAAGACAUCAGUCAGGAAGUUAAAGCUUGGUCGCAAAUGGGUCUUCCAAAUGGACAAUGACCCCAAGCAUACUUCCAAAGUUGUGACAAAAUGGCUUAAGGACAACAAAGUCAAGGUAUUGGAGUGGCCAUCACAAGCCCUGACCUCAAUCCUAUAGAACAUUUGUGGGCAGAACUGAAAAAGCGUGUGCGAGCAAGGAGGCCUACAACCUGACUCAGUUACACCAGCUCUGGCAGGAGGAAUGGGCCAAAAUUCACCCAACUUAUUGUGGGAAGCUUGUGGAAGGCUACCCGAAAUGUUUGACCCAAGUUAAACAAUUGAAAGGCAAUGCUACCAAAUACUAAUUGAGUGUAUGUAAACUUCUGACCCACUGGGAAUGUGAUGAAAGAAACAAAAGCUGAAAUAAAUCAUUCUCUCUAAUAUUAUUCUGACAUUUCACAUUCUUAAAAUAAAGUGGUGAUCCUAACUGUCCUUAGACAGGGCAUGUUUACUAGGAUUAAAUGUCAGGAAUUGUGAAAAACUAAGUUUAAAUGUAUUUGGCUAAGGUGUAUGUAAACUUCCGACUUCAACUGUAGGUGUGUUGGUGUGAUACCGAUAGAGAGAAAGAUUUCAAAGAACGUUGAGGAAGAUGUGUGUGUAUUGCAGGUCCUGCUGUUUGGCGCUGCCUGGACUGUGUGGACGGGAUGUGGCGUGGCCAUGGUGGUGUUCCACUGGCCUCCAAGUGCCAUCUGUCAUUGGUGUCAAACAAUUCCUUCAGGUUCUGUAGCAGCUCCAACCUCAGCUGUCAAAACCCUUCGCAACCAAGUAAGUGUCUGACUCUACACCUCUCAAAGCUAGCCAAAACAUUCAGCAUGAACCAAUAAAAAUUCAGCCCUGCAUUUGAAACUCAUUUCCCAUGUCCUCUAAGCUCCUAGAUAGAGAUGAGUUAAGUGAUGUGGGCACCAUCGCUCGAUUUUCCUUCAGGACACAGCUUCGACAGAUGUGGUCAGUAUAUCAAAACAGUAUAGGAUUUUUUAAAAUGUUUUGUUAUUGUAUCAUCAUUCAUCUGCUACUUUUUUAAAUGUAUUUGUGCAUCAGAAGUGUUAAAAUAUGCAUUUUAUUCUCAUUGAUUAUUUUCCUCAUCUCCGUGUGAUUCCACAGACUGUCAAGGAGAUGAUCCAUUUGGCCUAUGCCCAAGGAGGUCUAGGAGCCCUAGAGAGGACAAGGAGGAGCUCUGA